AGCUGUUUUCCAUUGGGUGAUGUUUUUUUGUUUGCUUCAUCUGUCACCUGGAGUAGCGAAAGCCCGCACGAUAACCUUACGGUCUGUUUCCGACGUACAGGGGGAUGAUGCAGCAGCGACCCGCGAACAACCAGAAUUGGAUGCACUCGCGCUUCACAAAGGAAGUAGAACACAGCAGACACUGCAGCAGGGACAAGUGCGCCCACCAAGCAGACAUGAAAUUUUGAACAGAGCUGCCAACGCGACAAUAACGCCAACAACGACGGGCUCCGUGAUCGGUGGCGAUGGCCCACCGCAACCGAAAGGCGAUAACAGUGAGAGAGAUCCUGAUCCGGAACCACCAGAGAAUGGAGAAGGCCAAGGUGGAUUUCAGCAUUGGAACGCGUGGAUGUGGGUCCUGCUCAUCGGCGGAUUGGUUCUAGCUGCGACUAUAGUAACGGUCGUCGUUUGGUACUGCUGCCGGCUACGGAAGGAGCAGGAACGCACCUAUUCUUGCGUUAGCAUCCACGUGAAUUUGAUUCGAUAGAAUGGGUAUCAUCUGCAUCAGACUCGGAGAGGACGUGGAGUAUCUAUCCACCUAAACGAAGAAAGCAUUUAUUUUUAAUCAGG